AAUCGCCCUCCGCCUCCUUAUCCUUAUCCCCCCCCUUCAGCACUAACACCGAUGCGCCGCCAGCCAUGCCCGGUCUUUUGAGUCUUCUGCUGGGCGCCCUCGCCCUCACGCGGCAGGCCACGGCAAAUGUGGAAAAGACGAUAUUCCUGGGCCCCGAGACCAUCAACAUGCCCCAACAGGGCCCGACUUUUGGGAGCCUGCGCCUCGACGUGCUGAGCCCGGCUGCCGACUUGACCGUCAGGACCCACCUCCAGGCCGAGUUCCCCAACGGCACCAGCGGCAGCCGGGGGAGGGCCACAUGGCUCCUGCUCGACGACCUGACCCCUGGCCAGCGCUACGAGGUCAGGGUGUGCUGGGCCGCCACUCAACCAACCGCAUUCACCCUGGAAGCGUAUGAGAUCCCGGUGGUGUGGGAAACCCCAGCCCUGAUCUCGUCCCUGGCCGAGUAUUCCUCAUCACGCAUACAAGAGGACGAGGCCGAAGAUGAUGUUGUGGACAAGCAAGGCAGCAAGCCCGGAAAGCCGAGGAAAACGAGCCCGCAAUCCAGAGGCAAGGAACACCAGGCCUCGAUGUUGCUGCUCCAGAUCCUUGCGGCCGCCGACUACUACACCGACAACCAGACCCUGAUGAGCAACGUGGCGCCCGUGCACGUCGACAUCAUCCUGGACCCAUUUAUCCUGAACGUCUUGCCCCAAUCCCUUGCCCCGACCGUGGUGUACGUCCUCUUUGUCGCGGCCAUCUUUUGGUUCGUUGCCCAGCGGGCCGCGGCCUGGGUACAGAAGCUGGCCGUCGACGGCUCCCGGCCGCAGUCAUCCAAGAAGGAGCAGUGAGCCGCCACGCCCACCACAAAAAAGAUGGCAGUCGCACCUACAAGACGGGGGGAAUAGGAAUAAGAAUAAUAAGAGAAAUAAGAAUAAGCUUAAGCUUAUAUAGGAAAGUUACAUAAGAAAUCUCACAGAGGAAAACUACAUAGGAAAUGUCACAUAAGAAAGUUCAAGGCACUACAUUGCCACCUUACGAAAUUUUAUUGUUCCAGAAUUUAAUCCAUGUUUAACCAGCGAA